AAGUGGUAACCCCGCGGCAAAAGGAUAUUUUCUCAUUCGUCUGCGGCCGCUUCAGAAUCAGAGCUCAAGUUUUCUGGACUCUCUUGAGCUGGAAUUCGAAUUCAGCUCCAGAAAAACAUGUCUUCAAGAAAAGGAGGCUAUAGAAGAGGAGGAAAACAAUCUCACUUUUAUCAGCACCAAAACGACGAAAAUUGGACUUUAAAACGCGUCCAAGAUCACAAUUUACCGCCCCAAUUUGACCAACAAUUCGCGCCUUCAAACUCUGAGCUGAAUGUUGAACAUAAUCAUCUUGAACAGCCCACAACGACAGCCAAGAACCAAAAAUAUCGUCAGAAUCGAAGAAAUGCGGGGUGGGGUCUGCGAAAUCGGAGACCCCAGGUGGUCAAACCUCAGUUUGUUAAGAAAUCUGAGGUGAGUUCUUUGGGUAUAGAUGAGAGGAAUGAUGAAAAAAGGGAGGAUUUUAGGGAUGGCCUUGGGGAAGAAUUGGAGAAGAUUGCUAGUAAAAGUGAAGUUGUUGAAGGGAAGGAUGAGGUUGAGGAAAAAAUUGAAGGGUCUGGUCUGAAUGAGGAGGAUAUUGAUGUGGUGCAGAAAAGGUUGGAAGAGUUACUGUUGAGCGCUCAAGAGGCUGAGUUGUCUGAAGAGCAGCUAAGGAUUAAUGAUCAAGCUCAGGAGGAUGAGUUACUAGCUAUGGAGUCAAUUUAUGGUGACAACAUCUUCUUUCUUGACAAACAGAAUGGCCUGAGAUCUUUUCAGAUUCAUAUUCAUAUCGAAACACCUAGUGAAAUUUCUGUAGCUGUGAAGCUGAACUCAUCUGCAGUAAGCAAGGCCAGUGAUGAUUCAUCAGAGUUCUCUUACUCUUUCAAAGUCGAGUAUCUGCCACCAAUCAUAUUGACAUGCAUAUUACCUAAAUCAUACCCAAGUCAUCUUCCUCCUCAUUUUACCAUCUCUGCCCAGUGGUUAUCUUCCACUAAGAUUUCUGAUCUUUGCAAUGUACUUGACUCCAUUUGGAAUGAGCAAUCAGGACAAGAGGUUAUAUAUCAGUGGGUCGAAUCACUACACAGUUCUUGUCUUUCUUUUCUUGGUUUUGAUCAAGAAAUUAUUCUUGGUCCUUACGCUGUGAAGCAGGAACAAGAUAGGCGUGCAAUUUCAGGAAGUGUCUCCCCAGAGGUUGAUAUUCCAUACAUGAAAAGCUAUAGCGAUGAGCAGCGGCAUGAGAACUUUAGCAAAAAUAUCCACGAAUGCUGCAUUUGUUUCAGCGAAUUUGCAGGCACAGAAUUUGUUAGACUUCCAUGCCAGCACUUCUUCUGCUGGAAGUGCAUGAAAACCUAUUCUGAUAUCCAUGUAAAAGAAGGGACAGUUAGCAAGCUUCAGUGCGCUGAUGCAAAAUGUGGGGGCAUGAUUCCACCUGGUUUACUGAGACGAUUGCUUGGUGACGAGGAGUUUGAACGUUGGGAGUCAAUGACGUUACAGAAGACAUUGGAGUCAAUGACUGAUGUGACUUACUGCCCAAGAUGUGAAACAAUUUGCAUAGAGGACGAAGACCAGCAUGCACAGUGCUCAAAAUGUUACUUUAGCUUUUGUACCCUGUGCAGGGAAAAACGACAUGUUGGAGUUGCAUGCAUGACUCCCGAGAUGAAGCUUCUUGUUUUGCAGGAGCGGCAGAAUUCAUCUCAACUCAAGGAUGAUCAAAGACAUCGUGAGAAAGAAAUUAUUAAUGAUCUCCUUAGUGUCAGAGAGAUAAAUAUUUCUGCAAAGCAAUGCCCUUCUUGUAAGAUGGCCAUCUCUCGGACUGAAGGUUGCAACAAGAUGGUAUGUGGUAAUUGUGGACAUUAUUUCUGCUACCGCUGCAAUAAGGAAAUUGAUGGAUAUGAUCAUUUCAGGGAUGGAAGUUGCGAACUUUUUCCACCUGAAACUAUUCAGCAUUGGGAAGAGAGAAUGAAUGCUCGUCAAGUUGUGGGUCAGAUCCAAGCCGAAAUGUUUCCAGAGCGUGGUCACUCAUGCCCUAAUUGUGGUCAAAUAAAUCUAAAGGCCGGGAACAACAAUCACAUCUUCUGCUGGGCAUGCCAGAAUCAUUACUGCUAUUUGUGUAGAAAAAUGGUGAGACGUAGCGCCCAACAUUAUGGACCAAAGGGUUGCAAACAGCACACCGUGGGAUGACUACGAUUAAGUCACCACGUUCUAAGUACCUUGGAAAGCAUAUGCUAUAUACAACAAAUGCAUACCAAACCUGUGCUUUUUAGAUUCCAACAGAGUUAAUGGAAUUCCCAUGAAACAGUACUUUCUUGCAUCAAAUCAGGACGUACCAGAAUUUUGUAUUGCUUUUCUUCAAAUUUCACUCGUUAGAGCUUCUUACUCUUCACUUCCUAUUUCCGGGAGUUGUAGAUUCCUACAUGCUGAGUGCUGUUGUAUAUCCUCAGUUUUGACUUGUAUAUCUUUUUUUGUUUGUCACUCUUAUAUAGACAAAUGCCAAUAGUAAAAUUUCUCUACAUUUUGGUCCCCCUCGAA